CUUCCUGCGUGCCUGGCUCGUCUUGGUAAUUCCUCCCGGUGCGCUCCACCAGCCUUCCGGUCUCGGCACCCUCCGCUGCGCAGCCAUGGCUCAGCACUUCUCCCUGGCCGCCUGCGACGUGGUGGGCUUCGACCUUGACCACACGCUGUGCCGCUAUAACCUGCCCGAGAGUGCCCGGCUCAUUUAUAACAGCUUUGCGCAGUUCUUAGUCAAGGAGAAGGGGUAUGACAAGGAGUUGCUCACUCUGACACCAGAGGACUGGGAUUUCUGUUGCAAGGGUUUGGCUUUGGAUCUGGAAGAUGGCACCUUCAUCAAACUUGCAGCGGAUGGCACUGUGCUCAGGGCAAGCCGCGGUACCAGGAUGAUGACUCCCGAGGCGCUGGCGGAGGCCUACAGCAAGAGGAACUGGAGGCACUGUACGACAGGCAAGCACUCUGCCACAAACGUCGACCUUCCUUGCUGCUCAGGCAAGUGUUACUUCUAUGAUAACUACUUUGACCUGCCAGGGGCUCUUCUGUGUGCCAAGGUGGUGGACUCUUUAACAAAGCAGAACAGAGGUCAAAAAACAUUUGAUUUUUGGAAGGAUGUAGUUGCUGGUAUACAACACAAUUUUAAAAUGUCAGCCUUUAAGGCUGUCUCAGCCGGUCUGUUCCUCUGCCUUCGCAUGCUCCCAAUGCAGCUAGCUCUCCUGGGCUGGAUGCUCCCUCAAAUGAAGGUCCCAGUCCUUGUGUCGUGGCUUAGGAAUGGGAGCUGGCGACAGCUGUACCCUCAGUGCAGUAGUGACGGAGAGACCAAGUUCCCGCUGGUAGAAUUGCCGUUCUCUUGGUUUAAGGAACAGGAGUGGUUGACCCAGAAUGGGGCCGAGUUACUGCCAAGCCCAGGCUAG